UUAAAGCUUGUGGAUAUUUCUUCCCCCUCGGGGAAAGCUUAUGCGAGGAUUUUCUUUUUCAACAGUUCAUUCCGUGAAACCAUUUUUUUUCUCCUUGUUUGCUGUUAGAAAAUGUUGGAGCUGAACAUAAGGCUUUCAUUGCAGAUUGCUAUCAAGGGAACUAAGAAAGGAUGUAGGCAUAUUGUUAAUGCCUCUCUUCAAGCUGUAUUUGAGGAGGCCAACAUUUUUAGUGCAUCCAUAGGAAGCGUCUCCACUACAGCCUUUCACCACACGAGAGACAGACUGAAGAUGUAGGCAGCUGACAAAUGUGAAAGCAAUGAAGAGGUGUUCUGAGGUUGACAGCACUUUUCAUAGUACACGCAUUUUCUGGGAAAGGCACGAGAAGGGAGAUAAACAGGCAAUGGUUUUGGCAAGCUGAGAAGAAGCUGUAGCAGACCAAGAUGUUCCAAAGAGAUCACAUCAAAAAGGUCCUCAGGCUCCAUCAGCCACCGUCCGAUCAUAUUGCAACAACAUAGGUGUUGCCAUGAGGAUCAGGACAUGUCCUGUCUGCUUCACAAUUUGUCUUUUGGUCCUGCUGGGUAUGCUACAGAGAGGGAUCCAUAUAGAGACAGAGCACACAUUUCAAGGGAGCUGACAAACCAGUUCCUGCACAUACAUCUGUGUAAGAGUACUCCAAGACCAGAGGCCUCUGUGGCACUGCAUGGAUACAAGAACUGUUGCAUAUGUGGGGUUAGACUCUGCUUUUUUGAGAUAUGAUUCUCCGACGAGGAUUUAUUCUAUUUCUUCCCCGACUUGUAGGCCUGCUGGUGGUGGCCUGUUGCUCAAUGUCUAUUGUUUAUAUGUUGGCUUGCACACCCAAGGGUGACAACCAGCAGCCUUCCUUGCCCAGGGUGCACAGUCCAACUGUGAAGGAGGGAUAUGAAGCCAUUCUGCAAGAGCGAGAAGAGCAACACCGCAAUUACAUCAUCAGCUUGAAGAAACAAAUUGCCCAGUUGAAGGCUGAGCUCCAGGGCAGGACCGAGCAGCUUAAGAACAUGCAGAACCAGUACCCAGACCCCUUGGACAUUCAGCUUGACCACAGCAAGCAAGAGCAGGCCCAGGCCAACCUGUUGGCUUUCCUCCGUUCCCAAGUAGACAAAGCCGAGGUGCACAGCGGUGUUAAGCUGUCCACAGAGUACGCAGCAGUGCCCUUUGAGAGCUUCACCCUCCAGAAGGUGUACCAGCUGGAGACAGGGCUGACACGGCACCCCGAGGAGAAGCCUGUAAGGAAGGACAAGCGAGAUGAGUUGAUAGAAGUGAUCGAGUUAGCAGUGGGGAGCUUGAACAAGCCAGACGGGGUCAGCAAAGCAAAACCCCGCGUAUACACAGCCUCCGACUUCGUUGAAGGGAUCUACCGUACAGAAAAAAAUAAAGGCACCCUGUAUGAGCUGACUUUCAAAGGAGAUGCAAAACAUCAGUUCAAGAAGAUUGUUUUAUUCCGACCAUUUGGUCCUGUAAUGAAAGUGAAAAAUGAAAAUGUCAAUAUGGCUGACACACUUAUUAAUGUCAUUGUGCCAUUGGCCAAGAGAGCCAGCAAAUUUCGACAAUUCAUGCAGAAUUUCAGGGAAAUGGGCAUUCAGCAGGAUGGAAGAAUUCACCUCACUGUAGUUUACUUUGGAAAGGAACAAAUGAAUGAAGUCAAAUCAAUACUUGAAAAUACCUCUAAGUCAGCCAACUUCAAGAACUUUACCUUCAUCCAGCUGAAUGAAGAGUUUUCCAGGGGCAAAGGAUUAGAUGUUGGUGCUCGAUUUUGGAAAGGAAACAAUGUUGUUCUCUUUUUUUGCGAUGUGGACAUAUACUUCACAGCCGAAUUCUUGAACUCCUGUAGAUUGAACACACAGCCAGGGAAGAAGGUAUUUUAUCCUGUUCUCUUCAGCCAGUAUAAUCCCAGUAUAAUUUAUGGUCACCAUGAUUCCAUACCAUCUUUAGAACAGCAGCUGAUUAUUAAAAAAGAAACUGGAUUUUGGAGAGACUUUGGUUUUGGGAUGACUUGCCAGUACAGAUCUGAUUUUAUCAACAUAGGUGGCUUUGACCUGGACAUUAAAGGCUGGGGUGGUGAAGAUGUGCAUCUGUACCGCAAGUACCUUCACAGCAACCUGAUGGUGAUCCGAACGCCUGUCAGGGGUCUCUUCCAUCUGUGGCAUGAAAAGCAGUGUCUGGACGAGCUGACUCCAGAGCAGUACAAAAUGUGCAUGCAGUCCAAGGCUAUGAAUGAGGCUUCCCAUGGCCAGCUUGGGAUGCUUGUUUUCAAGCAAGAGAUUGAGACACACCUGCAUAGACAGAAAUUGAGAAGUAAGAAGACAUGAAUCCAGAAAGAGAGGCUGAAGACUCUGAACUGGACUUCAGGUGUUUUGGAAAAGAGGUUUUAACCAGAAAAGCUGGGAUGAGACUGAAAGAGUAUGGAGAUUCCAGCAGGAUGGCAGCAAAAGAAGAGGGAAAGCGUCUGUCCUCCAUACUUUUGGUUUUAUUCUAACGGGGUUUUUAAGUACUCCACUAUCCUGACUGUUCAGCACUUCCUUCUGGGGAAGACUUGAACACUUGAUGAAAUUCAAGGUCACAUCACAGAGACAAUGAACAUUAUAUGUUAUUAUGUGACCAGUGUGGUAUUCACACUAACAAAUGGAUGUGCUUUUCCUUUGAAAUGUUUGUAAGAUGUGUACGGUUAUUUAAAGGAUUGAUCUUUUGGUGGGCCAAUAAUUAGGAGUUAUUUCCUACAUCUAACUUGACAUAUCUAAAAGGGCUAUUUUUGAAAAAGUACAGAGACUCCUGCUCUGGGAAGGACAUCUGAUUGUUAACCAUGGUAAAGCUGGAGUGACCAAAAAUACUUUUCCUUUAAGGGGCUGGGAAGGAGGAGCAGCAGCACUGCAUUAACAGGCCAUUCCCAGUUAAUCCAGAGAAAGAGGUUUCUCAGAAAGUGCUUUCUAAACUUAAGAAAGAGAAAACCUUACUGGUCAAGUGUGAUGGUUGAAAAACCAUCAACUGGAGGGUACUGUUUUUUCUCCUCUAUGGACAGUGAACCAAAAGCAAUGAGCCACAUCUGUAUCAUGUGAAUCAAGUCGUGUAUUUCUGCUUUAGAAUGCUGUAUGUAUUUCAAGAUUUUUUUUUAAAUGAAAUUCAUUUGGCUUGAGAAUUAUUUUGCCAUACUUCAGGUUUUCUACUUCUAGCCUCAGUAGGAAAUAGUGCAACCUUCCAAUGCUUGGAAAAUGCUCUGCAGAUCUGUGUUCCUGUGGAUGGGAACUGGAAUAGAUAAGUGAUUUUUCUACACAACCUGGGUACUGGAAGGCAGAAGCUUUAUCAUGCUGAAGAAAAGGAAAUACAUAUCAACUUGCAGUACUGAUUUAGCAGGAGGCUUUAAACUCCAAAUGCCAGAUACCAACAGUGAUGAACAUUUUCUGACUUUAUACCAAAGUAUUUCUUCUAAACCAAAUACAGAGCCUUGGCCAGGGUAUAGGAAGCUUUCUGUAAUUAACAAAAUAAAACUUUGUGAUGGACUACUGGACCCUGCAAAUUCUCUUAUGAUAAUUAUAGGUACUAAUUGUAAAAAUUAGUCCUCUUCUUAAUAGUUUUUGUUGCAAUUGCCUAAAACUGUUGAAAGUCUGAGUUACUGCUCUUAUAAAGCAUUUUCUUUUAAUGCUGACUGCUAUUUACCAUUUUAAUAUAUACUAGCUAACAAAAACUG